AUGCCUACUCAAUAUUUUCUAGAUCCUGUUGUGUCCUUUGAUUUUCAAAAUUCUCAGGAUUUGCACCUUGAUCUUCCAAUCAUUCCCAAAGGAUUCAAGUUUCGAGCUUUUGUGAAGGUUGUGAAUGCUCCUCUCACUGACAGUAGCAUUGAUCAACUAUUGUUCUCAUUUUACUUGAAGCACAUGAAGCCCCAGUACGAAACUUGGAGCGCACACAAGAUAGUGGUUGUAAAGGUCACUGAGACUGAAAGCUUCCCUAAUGCCAAGUUUAAAGUAGCGAGAGGAUCAGCUUGUCAAUCAUACAAAAUUUCCCUCGCAGACUUGCCCUGCGUAAACUCUAAUGACUAG